AACACUGAUUUAGCGAUUAAUACUCUUUACUCUCCAGCUUACAAUUUGAGGUACUAAACCGACACUUUACUCAAAGAAUUAGGGUAGCGUCUUCUCUCCCUUCUUUGCAUUCAAGGUCGUUUACUCAUUCAUUUGUUGGUAAAUGUCGUUAAUUUUGUUUUUAAACAUUGAAAUACUUCUAUUAUUGACUGCGAGUUUUGAAUUCCAUUGCUCUGCUCUUGCAUUUUUAUCUAAACUUAGUUCCUGUUGGUAUCCCCUUGGCCCCUUGUUUUAUUCUUUCAAAUUUGAUAUAUGCUGUAAAAAUACGUUCCCAGCUCGUGGCUUAGUAUUUGGUGUGGCAGCUGAGAAUCUGAAAUUGAUGUCCCAUAUGUAUUUAUAUCAAUAUAUAUAUACAUAGAGAGAGAGAGAGGAAUGAUCCUCCUCAGUCAUCAAAUUGAGGCUUUUAUCAAAAGAAUCAUAGAAAGGAUGCAAUCUCUGAAAGACAUAGUACCAGCUGCAUCAAACAAUAUAAACACAAAAUUCAUUGUUUUAGACAAAGGAAGAGUGUCAGGGGAUGGACAACAAAAAGCGUGUUUGGCGUUAGUUGCCGAUGAGACUGCAGCCGUACAUUUCCAGAUGUGGGCUGACGAGUGUGAUCAGUUUGAGCCCGGUGAUAUUAUUACUCUCUCAAAUGGCAUCUUCUCUUACAAUCGAAACGCUUUUGUGUUGAGGGCUGGCAAAAGAGGCAAGGCUGAGAAGGUGGGAGAGUUCACUAUGACCUUUGUGGAGACACCAAACCUGAGUGAGAUUCAUUGGGUCCCUGAUCCAAGUAACCCCAAUGUAUAUGUGCAAGAUGUUGUUGUUUCUCCCUUUUCGCGAAUCUUUCCACCUAUGCACUGAUGGUUGAGACAUGAGAGCUCUGCUGGGCAAGAUCUAUGUGUUCAUGAUCAUUUGUUUCAUCCGAAAUGAGAUCUUGGAGUUCAUGUUCUUUUUGUCUCGAUGAUUUGCUUGUUAAAAUAUCAUUUGAGGAUACUCAGAUUUUUUUUUGUCAAGAGUCAUGAUGCAAUCUCUCAUUUGGUUUUGUGUAUCUAUAUUUUGUCAUAUUCAAAUUCAGUUUUUGCGCUGCAAUAUAACUUUUAGUGGGUUUUCUAAAUACAUGAAUUUUAAUUAUUAACUCUAACUUACAUAUUA